UUCAGGCCACCACGCCAAACCCACUGUGUGCGUGACGUCACAGGUUUGAUCCCUGCGUGGGACUAAAUAUGGGUGUCUUUAUUUAAUGUUUAUAAAACCCCGCGCCACAAGGAUUAAAUUUCUUUGUACGGGGGUAGUUUCUUUUUUCACAUAAGAAUAUUCCGUAUAGUUUCUUAAUUAACAUUAAUAAAUACACAUUUUCCAUAUUAAGUAACCUACCUCAUACUUACGACUAACUCAAUUAGUCUAAUGAAAGCUACGUUUUUCCAUUAUGAAACAUGUAAGUAAUAAAUGACUAAUAAGAACAUUCCUUUGUUUUUAGCCCAUCGAAGGAUGAGAACGGUUACGAACUGUUUUCUGGUGAAUCUUGCGGUGGCAGAUCUGCUAAUGGCGACGUUGAAUGGUGCCCCAAACUUCAUAUUCCUUGUGACUGCCGACUGGCCUUUCGGAGCCGUGACCUGUACUGCAAGCAACUUUACUGCGAACCUCACUGUGUCUGCUGGAGUGUUCACUUUAGUCGCCAUCACUGUUGAUAGGUACGUGGCAAUAGUGAAGCCGCUUCAACAUAGACUGAGUCGGAGGGUUGCGCGCGCGGCGCUUUUCACCGUAUGGUGCGCGAGCGCAUUGCUGGCGCUGCCCAGUCUUUUGUACUCCGAUACUUAUAAGAAGCAGUAUAUAAAUGGUGAAAGAGAAAUCUGUUUUAUAAAGUGGCCCGACGGUAGCAGUUACCCAUCUUCGAGAGCAGAUUACUGCUAUAACUUGGUGUUCCUGGCUGUGACGUAUGUAGUGCCGAUGUCGGUCAUGGUGUGGGCGUAUGCUCGCAUGAGUGCUGCGCUCCGAGGCCGCGCGAUAGGCGAGUGUACGUAUCAUCAGAUGCAAGUCGUCAGAGCCAAGAGAAAGGUAGUGAGGAUGUUUGUCCUGGUGGUGAUGGUGUUCGCGCUCUGCUGGCUCCCGUACCACGCAUACUUCGUGCUGACCUACCACUACCAGUCCUUAGCGUCGGCGCCAUUUGCCCAGCACAUAUAUUUGUUCUUCUACUGGCUUGCCAUGGCCAACUCCAUGUUCAAUCCUUUAAUAUAUUAUUGGAUGAGUAAUAAAUUUCGGGUUUACUUCCGAAUGGUGUUGUGUUGGUGUUGGACACCAAAAACAGCAACAUCUACGGAUCUAAAGAAAUUAGAAAUGAACAAAUCGUUUUCUGUAAGCCAGAGAAACUACCGAGACAUAUCGUCUUUUAGCCGAGCAUGACAUUCAAAGAGACGGAGUAACACUUCGCGCUCUACGCCGCAGCAUGAUUCGAAUGCUACAGAACUGAUUACGAAUGGCAAUGCAGUGCGAAUGAACCCCCGUGGAGAACCAGACGACAGACACUAUCACAUAAGCGACGACAAAUUAUAAAAUUAGUCUAACAUUUUAGCAUAGUUUUCUACAAGAAUUAAAUUAAUUGUUAAUCAUCUAAAUAGAUUAAGACACUUUGAUAAUUGCAAGAUGAGAUGCUAAAGUAAAGAAGGAGUUUAGGAUAAGUGUUGAGCACUUAAAACUUUGGUAAGUGGGAUAUGAAAUAAUUUAAAGCAACUUAAAAAUGUAUGCAAAAUUUUCUUCUUAUAUUCUUAGUCUUGCAUUAAGUAAACAGGUGAUUUAGUUAAAAGCACAACGUGUAAAAGUCGUUCCAAUUAUCUUCAAAAGUAAUUGAUACUUAUUUUGUAGCAAUAAUGACGUUUUGCAAAAUGUUGUUUUGAAACUAUGAUGUAAUUAUCAUGUACAUCGAAUGUAACCUAGUCAUCUUAAUCCAUUAUUUAUUUUUAUCUUUAAAAAAAAUAUUACAAAUUACUUCCAAAGGAAAUAUUUCAACUGCAUGUAACUAUAUUACGAUAACAUUACCCAUACAGAUUCACAAAGUAUAUUUUCAUAUAAAUAGACAGGCAUAAAAAUAAGACAAAAAAAAAACAAUAAAUUUUUCAAAACACAGAAACUUUCAGGGUCAUUCAUGAAGCCUCAUUUCUAAUAAGGUCUAUUAUUAAGAAUAAUGUAAAGAACCUUUCAAUCUUAGAUAAAAUAAAUACAUUAAAAAAAUAAGUCAAUCAAACAUGUGCUCUUACCACAUUUUAUUUUCAUACCAACAGACGUUGCAUAAAAUAAAGACAAUACAUUAUUUUGUUAAUAUCUAGUUUUUCAUUAAAAUAUAUUAUACCAUAGUGUAAGUCCUUCAUUUUUCCAAUAAAACGUUGUUGUUUA